AGACGAUGAAGAAGUGCAAAGAGAUGGAGGUGCCAACGGUGAAAGGAUGUUGCUUCGGGUGCUUGAGCAACCGAGAAGGCAGCAUCGCCAUUGCUGUCUUUCAGUUGGUCUCAAAUUGCUCCUUCUUCUUCCUGAGCCUCAAUUUCCUUUUUGAAGCCAUACCGAAUCCCCUUCACGAGCCUCCUCUCUCCAUGGAUGACUGGCAUCAAAGAAUUCCUUGCGAAACGCAGCAGGGCCCCAUUCGUUUGAUAUACUUCACCGAGGAACCAUUUGUGGAACAAAUGAACACUUUUCUGAAGCUUCUGCCGGCAGAGAGGCGAGCAUUGGUGUUCGCUCUGUCCUCCCUCACCACCAUCAUAGUUGCAUCUCUUCUCAUCCAUGGAAUUCGCAAGGGGAAGAAGCAGAAAUGUCUCAUGAAAAUGUUUCAGAACAAGCGAAAGCUGAUGAUUCCUUGGCUGGGCUUCGCCUUCGUGGUGCUGCUUGUCGGAGGUGUGUCGGCGAUUGUGACUAUCCUGUCCAUGAUUUCUGAAAAUACGGAAAAUUCGUUGCUUGUCUGUGUGUUUCUACUCUGUAUCGUUAUAUACUCCGUCGGGGUCCAUAUUUUCCUCGUCGUCUACUCCUACUUCAAGGAGCUCGGGAGCCAGGCCCAGCAUGGACCGGCCCACACUCAACGCAGUAGCAAAAGAUCCGAAGAAAUCGAAAUCCAUGUCUCAGAGGAUGCUGAUUGA